CUCCAGUACCUGUUAGAGCGCCGGAUGGCCGGGUGAUCAGAUUAGAGGUGUCAGGGCUCGUUAAUCUGACAGGGAGCGACAUACUGCCACUCACACUGCUGCUGCUCGCCGCUCCCAUACACAGGCGGCGGAGGGUAGCGGAGCCCACUUGGUGUUGAUGCGAGUCGGGGAAUUUCCCCCCUUUUUUAACAAUGGAUACCUGCAGGGUACGAUACUGGGUGUUUCUGGUCCUGUUGUGGCAGGACGGGUCUUUGGCAUCGCAGUUUCCAACACAGCUCAUGAUUAAAGAAUGGGUUGAUCAGAUGCAGAAAGAGCUUGUCACCCUGGCAGACACAGCCACAGCUGGGAAGAGCCUCACGGAGAUUUUUCUGCAAAACCAACACCUGUACACAGUGGAGCAAAACGAUGCAGAAGAGCUGGUUGCCAGAGCGGCAACGAAAAUUGAACAGCUGCUGCGGAAGAGAUCCGCUGCCUUGGAGAAACUGGCCACAGCUGCUGAGAACUUCCAGAUGGAGCAUGACUGGAAGGACGAAUUUGAGGGCGAUGAAAUCUCCUACUACAACGCAAAGGACAAUCUGGAUGUAAAUGAGACGGAGGGAAGGAAAUUCAGGAUUCGACCAGACUUUAAAGAGGACCUGUCAUUUAAACGUUUGACUGAUUACAACCACACGGCUGUCCACAUCCCCACUGACAUUUAUGAUGGCUCCACCAUCGUGCUGAAUGAGCUGAACUGGUCGGACGCAUUGGAGGACGUGUUCAGAAAAAACCGAGAGGAUGACCCGACCCUCCUCUGGCAGGUGUACGGCAGCGCUACUGGCCUGGCUCGCUACUACCCAGCCUCUCCCUGGAUGGAUGCCCGCAAGACCCCCAGUAAGAUUGACCUGUAUGACGUCCGCAGGAGACCAUGGUACAUUCAAGGAGCUGCCUCCCCCAAAGAUAUGCUAAUCCUUGUGGAUGCGAGCGGGAGUGUGUCUGGCUUGACUCUCAAACUGAUCAGGACCUCCGUCAGUGAGAUGCUAGAGACCCUGUCUGAUGACGACUACGUCAAUGUAGUUUAUUUUAACACCAGGGUGAAGACAACGGCGUGUUUCGAACAUCUGGUUCAAGCCAACGUAAGGAACAAGAAGUUGCUGAAGGACGCUGUUAAGAACAUCACAGCUAAAGGAAUAACAAACUACACAAAAGGCUUUGAGUUUGCUUUUGAGCAGCUCUCUAUGACGAAUGUGACCAGAGCAAACUGCAACAAGAUCAUUAUGCUGUUUACUGACGGAGGAGAGGAAAGAGCUUCGGCAAUACUGAAGAAGUACAAUGCUGACAAAAAGGUGAGGAUCUUCACCUUCUCAGUAGGACAACACAACUAUGAUAAAGGACCCAUUCAGUGGAUGGCCUGUUCCAACAAAGGUUACUUUUAUGAAAUUCCUUCGAUUGGAGCCAUCAGAAUAAACACACAGGAGUAUCUGGACGUGCUGGGUAGACCAAUGGUUCUGGCAGACAAGCAGGCCAAACAGGUCCAGUGGACUAAUGUAUACCUUGAUGCUCUGGAGCUGGGACUGGUCAUCACUGGAACUCUACCUGUCUUCAAUAAAACAAAGACCAAAGAUGACAGGAAUGUCGAGCACCAGAAUCAGUUGAUCCUCGGUGUGAUGGGGAUUGACGUGUCUCUGGGUGACAUCAAGAACCUCACACCACGCUUCACAAUUGGUCCAAAUGGAUACUACUUUGCCAUUGAUCCUAAUGGAUAUGUCCUGCUGCACCCCAAUCUCCAGCCAAAGAAUCCUAAAUUCCAGGAACCUGUUACUCUGGACUUCCUAGAUGCUGAGCUGGAGAAUGACAUCAAAGUGGAGAUCAGAAAAAUGAUGAUCGAUGGUGAGACAGGCGAAAGUACCAUUAACACUCUGGUAAAAACUCAAGAUGAGAGGUACAUAGAUCGAGGAGUCCGGACAUACACGUUUGCUCCGGUCAAUGGAACAGAUUACAGCCUGGCUCUUGCUCUGCCUAAAUACAGUGAACACUUCAUUCAAGCAAAUCUGGGGGAUGAUACAAACAAAGUUAUGUCUUCCACUUGGGGGCAAGAAGCUUUGGAAACCAUACUGCAGGAGAGUUUUGAUGAGUAUGGAUACACCUACCUUGCUCCGAGGGGAUACUGCAAAGAGCUGAAGUUGUCACUCAACAACACCCAGUUUGUCCUCGACUUCAGCCAGUACAUUGAUAGGAACCCCCCAGAUGCAUGUAAUAUGUCCCUGGUGAAUCGAGUAAUUCUGGAUGCAGGUCUGACAGCUGGACUGGUUAAACUUUGGAACGAGCAGGCAGUGGAUGGGAUAGUGGCCAGGUUUGUAGCCACAGAUGGAGGAAUCACAAGAGUCUUCCCAAGAAGUGCUGGAGAAGAUUGGGCUGAGAAUCCGGAGACAUACGAGUCCAGCUUCUACAAAAGGACCCUGGACAAUGACGUUUAUAUUUUCACAGCUCCAUAUUUCCCAGAGGUGAGGGAGUCUGUUACUGAGUCAGGUAUUCUAGUGAGCAAAUCAGUGGACGUCACGAUUGGUGAAGUCACGCUCAAGCCAGCAGUGGUGGGUGUGAAACUCAAUGUCUCAUUCUGGAUGAACAGUUUCAUAAAUGCUACACUGAAACUGAACUGCAAGGAUGAGAUCUGUGGCUGUCUAAGGAAUGACAAGCAUGUGGACUGUGUAAUCCUGGAUGAUGGAGGAUUUCUUCUGAUGUCAAACCAGGAAGAGUAUAUCACCCUUAUAGGUCAGUUCUUUGGAGAGGUUGAUCCUGUGCUGAUGAUAAACCUGGUCAACACCUCUCUGUACUCCUUCAACAAGACCUAUGACUACCAGUCUGUCUGCGACCCGGAGAAAGGCAGCAAGAUUGCAGCAGGACCCCGCUCCGUCUAUGUGCCUACCAUUGCAGACAUGCUCAGUAUUGGCUGGUGGGCCUCCAGUGCAGCCUGGUCGAUACUUCAGCAGCUCUUCUUUGGUGUCAUGUUCCCUAACCUUCUAGAAGCAGCGGAGUCACCGGAUGAUGACAUACCAGAUGCCAUGUUUAAAGAAAGCUGCAUCACAGAGCAGACUCAGUACUUCUUUGACAAUGAGGAAAGAUCCUACUCAGGUUUACUGGACUGUGGAAACUGCUCCAGGAUGUAUCGUGCUGAGAAGCUGCCAAACACCAACCUAGUGUUCCUGAUCACUGAUGCCAAGGCAACGUGUUUGUCCUGUGACCCCAGGCCGCUGCGACAGGCUGAACAACCCUCCGAAGGUCCUGAUCCAUGCGAGCUGGCUCAGAAUCCCAGAUACCGCAAAGGGCCUGACGUAUGUUUCGACAACAAUGAAAAUGAUGAGCCCUUGUGUCCAAUCAGCAGAAGUUCUUCGUUGAGCCCAAUACCUCUCUUGUUGUUGCUGGUGCUGAGUUCAGGGAAGAUGAUUCUGAUUGUGGAGGAGGGACCAGCCUGAGCCCAUGUCUUUGGCAAAUGCUUGGACUCCAACUACUGAUGAUGUGGCUCAUCACAGCUUUACAAAACUCAUGACCCCUACACACACAAACACAUAAUUAUCUCAUCCCACACAAGGCCAGAAGACACUCCAGUUAUGCCAUGCAGGAUGUAUGCAGAAAAGUUGCAACAAGACAUUAUGCUUUAUGAUGACCGUAUCAUUUGUUCAAUGCCAAAGGGUGCUCAAUUGUUUCCUCCUUGUCAUUUCCAAAAAUAGAGACACAUAUACUGUGCUCAGCUGCAUUCAUUUCCAUGAUAUACUCCAUAAUCCUCUCUUAUGGUGCAAGAGUAAGAGCUAACCAAACCCUUUAAUUCUGCCUCUUUAGUUUCUUUGAUUUAUUUUGCGGAGGUUGAAGAGUCCCACUAUGCCAACUAAAUAUCCUUCAAAGACUGUAUGUUCACUGACAGCGUUGAUUUGUGUCGUUGUCAAUAUUGUUUGUUGCUUAUUUAUUGCGUAUGAAUCAUAAUGCUGUAAUGAUGAUUAUUUUAGGCCACCAGUGCAACUAUAUUCCCUUUUUGUUUAAGUGUUUUGAAAUGUACUGUACUGAUAUAUUUAUGAAGUUGGGAUUUUUUAUACUCAAAAUCAAAUAGCGUUACAUGACUAACUAGGUGUUGUAUUGUAGCAGCAUGUGCUCAGUACAGAGCUAAAGACAACACCAGUCCUCUGACACCAAAGCUCCACACAGUACCAAGGAUCAGAGAUACACUAUACCGACUACAGAGAAUCUGAUGUGGGUCUACAUCAGUAUUCAAGUUAUGACGUUAGAUAGAUAGAUAUCUAUACCUCGCUGAGAUGAAGUGAGAUCAUGUGAAUCUAAAUAUAUUAGGAUAAUACAAUUGAAAAUGUGUUUGUCCUUGGUCUGACAGCUUUGGUUGUCUUCAAUUUGAACACAUCAAAUUCCCAGUGCCUACAUAGUAGCUCAAUCAGUGUGUUACUGAAUGAAACAAUGAAUCAGAGUUGUAUUAUCACCAUGUAGGCUUUUAUGCUAAUGCUGCUGCAGUUGAGUAGAAAAUGGUAGCCCUUGCAGUAAAAUGUUGUGGAAUGGGCCACAUCAGCUGCAGUUGUUAUUUGAUGUGGCCCGAGCAGCAGCAGAAACAAGCAGGGAUUUUGAUUAAAGAAAGGGAUUUAAUUUUCCUUCAUGUUCAAAACAAACCUAAACCACACUUGAGCCUCACGCUCCAAAACCUCUCUUUAUUAGGCCUGUUCUGUUCCCUUUCUGGAUCACAUGACUCAGGAGCCAAAAUGACUUGUGAAUGAGAUCACCAUAUCGAAAUGACUGUUUCCUUGUUUCCUUCUCCUUGCUGUUCUCCUCCCUAUGCUUGUUUCCUCUUUGUUUUGCUCUAUAAGUGCUGUGAAGCAGACGCUGAAGGCUCGGUGUUGAAAUGCUGCAAUGUCAUGGGAUGAGCUUGUUCUGUGUUUGAACGCUGUCUUUGCCUAUGAUCAGCAUCAGGGCCUGAUGGAGAGAACUUAGAGAAUACACUACUCCCAGUGGUAAUUUUUACAUUGCCUCACAUUACCAUACAUACAGCAUUAAGAUCAAACUCAAGUUUUCCUUUUUCAUUGUAGCUAUUUAAAAAAUGAAAGUAGAGUUCUCUCCACCUAGCCUUCAUGCUGACCCUGUUGAGUGUUCAGGUUAUGCCGGUCUAUCAAAGUUGCGUGUUGACAUGUGUUUUACCCCGGGGAUCCCGUGUCUAUGUGCAGGCAUGUGCGUGUCCCUCCAAUAUCUGAUUGUGCUUUAAUACUGUACAUGAAUUACUCUUUUUGUGGAACUUGACUAGCCUGAAUAACUUUUGUAUACAUUUGUACACUUAUACUAUUUACUGUAAAAAAGAGAAAAUGAAAGUAACGAAAAAUGUUUAUAAUAUGGU